AAAACGCCUGAAAGUAUGCAAUCAUUCAUACGUCGAUCUGUGAGUUUAGUUCUCUUUUAAAUACAUAGAUGGUGGUAGCAGUAUAGUUAAAGAAUCGUGUUGCAGAUGACACUGUUCAAAACAUAUGGAAUAAUAGUAUUCGUGCUUGUACAAAUUUUGCCACGUCUAAAACAUUUAUUUAUUUAACAAAAUGAGUUCUUGGUUGCAAUAUAUAAGGUCUAUACCUACGCAUAUGGAUUAUGAUGGCCAAGGUAGAGCUGAGAAACUUUCAAGAGUCAUCAUAACUCUCUUUGGAGUCGUUGGUCUCAUAUGGGGAUACGUCAUUCAACAAUUUUCUCAAACAAUUUACAUCCUUGGUGCAGGUUUCGUUAUGGCUGCUUUAGUGACAGUACCACCAUGGCCCAUGUAUCGUCGUAAACCAUUAGAUUGGCAAAAACCACAAGCCGAAGUUAACACCAAAUUAAAAAAGAAAAAAUAAAUGAUAUAUUUAUAUUUUUCAAAUAGAUAAAGUGUGUUAUCCAAGUUCUUGCUUGACCAAGUGCAAAGGUAAAAAGAGACUGAUAUUAAAUACGGUUAAUAUAAUGUUUUAUAAAUUAAAUGUGUGGGACUUUAAAGAAACAACAUUCCACAGUAUUUAAUAACCGAUGAUGUAAUACAAAGUAAAUCGUUUUGACAUAUUUA